AAGGACAACCCUUAUAGGAAAAUACAGACAGGGAGGAAAGAGGCAUAGUAAACAAGGCAGAUAACUGAAAAAUACCUAAAAUAAUAUAGCCAACACGUGCGCACAAAACAUAUUAUUUAGCGAAUAUUCGUUAUAGGCAAGGUAUUCGACCGUUAGUGAAUCGUUCUGUAUGUACUGUGUUGUCACUGCAAGCUAGAUAUCGUUAGCUAGGCAAAUUGUAACUAACGUUAGCUAGCUGGCUAGCAAGUUCCCGUUCCCCAGUAGUAGCAGCCAGUGCUAUCACAACGCUCCCAAAAUGAUCGCAUUGUUCAACAAGCUCCUUGACUGGUUUAAAGCACUGUUUUGGAAGGAGGAGAUGGAGUUGACAUUGGUGGGACUACAGUAUUCGGGCAAGACAACCUUCGUAAACGUGAUUGCGUCAGGCCAGUUCAGUGAAGACAUGAUUCCCACAGUGGGCUUCAACAUGAGGAAAAUCACCAAGGGAAACGUCACCAUCAAGCUGUGGGAUAUCGGCGGUCAGCCUCGAUUCAGGAGUAUGUGGGAGCGAUACUGCCGAGGAGUCAGUGCCAUUGUAUACAUGGUUGAUGCAGCAGACCCAGAGAAGAUCGAGGCCUCUAAGAAUGAACUACACAACUUGUUGGACAAGCCCCAGCUCCAGGGUAUUCCUGUUCUUGUCUUGGGGAACAAGAGAGAUCUUCCUGGGGCGCUCGAUGAGAAAGAGCUGAUUGAGAGGAUGAACCUCUCGGCCAUCCAGGACAGAGAGAUCUGCUGUUACUCCAUCUCCUGCAAGGAAAAGGACAACAUUGAUAUAACACUACAGUGGCUGAUCCAGCACUCCAGAAUCAAGCGGAGCACAUCAUGAGAACCUCAUCUCACCGACACAGCCCUGAGACCACCCCACAGGCCUGCACAUGUCCCAGGUCCCUUGCGCCCUGUCCUCUAUCCUCCCCAGCUUGUCCUUUCUCCCCCUCUUUUCUUUAGAUGGCCCUCUCUCGCCGAGAGCCCUCGCCUGAUCCCACUCUCCUGAAGAGAGCCUGGAAACCUUUUACUUGCACUGUUCAUUUUCUUUUUUUGUAAUAUAAUACUUAUUCUAGUGACAUAUGACCUCUGAUGGAUAAAGUGGUACUUAACUGCCCUGAAAAGAAAAAUAUAAUUGUGUUAAUAUCU